AUGGAAGGGUGCGGAGGGAAAGACAAUUUGAAGAAGAUGCAGCUGAUGGAGUUGGCGAUUCUCAAUGGGACAUACAGAGACAACAAUAUCAAAACGCCAGAUGAAUGCGCUCCCUUAGCUGCCGUGGUGGUUGCGGCGGCAGCAGCUGCUCAGGGCCCCCGUCUCAUAGCGGCCCCUACAGGUCAGGUGUUGCCUCCCCCGGCACUCCGGCCACCAACACCAGCCGGGGCACCCAUCAUGAACCUCAUCCGGCCCACACAGAUGGCUGCUAUGCUGCCUAAUGGAACGCCCACCCUGGUGCCUCCCACACCGGAUGGUGGGCUUAUCUACACCACCCCUUACGAGUACCCUUACGCCCUGGCACCCACCUCCCUGCUGGAGUACCCCAUUGAGCACAGUGGGGUUCUAGGUAAGAGAGCCUGGGGAAGCAUGGGUGCAGCAGGUACAGCGGCCAGCUUUAGCCAUCCUGGACAGGAGGCCAGCUUGUUUUACCCCGGAGCUGGGGUGUUGGAUGCGGCUUCCCUGAGCCACAGUCAGGACUUAUUGAAAGGUGCAAUGGCUACUAAAGUGAGACGGCAUGACACGCGGGUCCAUCCUUACCAAAGGAUUGUGACCGCUGACAGAGCCGCCACCGGCAACUAACACAUGACCUUCUGACCUCUGAACUCUUCACCCAAUGACGAGCCGCCCCAAGCCUGCCUGCUGAUCAGUUAACUGGUAAUUGCCUUUUGCUAGCCUCUCGGACGCAAGUGAGAAAGAAAGAGAGAGGCGCCAGCCCAAACAUUUACCCUAACACGCUCUGACAAAAAAAAACAAAAAAAAAAAGAGGACAGAAAGAAAAAAACAGAAAACGCAGAAUCUUCACAGAAACACAACAAAACCCAACAUGUUGUGUAAUAUUCAUUACCCCCCUCUGUUCAUUGAGUUCAAUUCCCAUUCUUUCUCUUUCUUUUUCUUCAUAAGUCAUGUACUGGGUGGAUGUGUUUGUGUUUUUACUCAUGAAUCUGCACUGAAUUAUAUAGCAAUAAAGACCCCCCCCCCCCCCCCCCAAGCCUACCCGCCCACUCUCCUUUAUCCUCUUAAUUUGACCCUCAGUUUUGCAAAUUAAAUUUCAAAGUUUGCAUUUGAUGCAAACAAUUUGGAUUGAGAGCAAUGACAUCAUCCCUCUGCAAAAGAAAGGGGGAGGAAAAUAAAAAAAUUAGGGCUCCCCCACCCUGUUCCAACACCCACUCACUGGGACGGAAAAAGAAACAGAAGGAAAGAGAACGUGCACUCACAUUAACAUGUUUAAUUCCUGUCAUGUUUCACAUGUAGUGCCGUUGUUGAGCUCCAAAAUGUAAUGAGCUGACACAUUCUGGGUGUGCUCCCCCCCCUCAAAACGGCUUUCUUGCUGUUUGUUGUUAAAAAAGCAUGGCUGAAAUGAUUGCAAAUAAGCUUUUUAUGAUUUGGGUUUUCAUUUCUUUACUUUUGUGUCAUUUUUCUUCACUUGGUUUUUGUUUCUGUUGUUCAUAUUUGACUAAUUAGCAUCGCUUAAGCUGACGAGUUGGAGAACGGCUCAGUUAAAAUAAAAAACGCAUGCAGAUGUUUUAAGCAGGCUGCUCAAACUAAGAAAUGAAGGGUGAGAUGGGAAGGCUAAUUUAAGCUCAUGGGUGUGUGUUUGUUUUUUUUUUUUAAUUAUUAUUAUUAAUACAAUGAAAAUAGGGUGAGCUGAGGUUUAGGGGACACUGAGAGGGUGCAGAUUGUUUCUGCGUCCCCGCCCACACUACAUCCUUUUUAUAUAGUGCCUGAUGUAUUUAGAGAAAACAAAUCUCAAUGAGUUCGCUGUGAUCAGAAAGUGUUGUGUGCGUAUGUAGCCAAAGGGGUUUCCAAUGAAUUAUAUAUCAGCAAUUGUGCACCUGUCUCACAGAGGGCUCUCACUGCGAUUCUCCUGAUUGGACAGGUGUAAUUUCUGGUGCCUGCCUUCAGGUGGAAUAGACAGCUAGUCAAGUGUUUUUUUGUUUUGUUGUUUUUACCCACAAGAAAUUAACACUAAAAUCAACAUGCUAAUCAUAUACAAUCUUAGGGGGAAGGGCCCUUAGUACAUGUUUUUAUCUCCUGUGUUGUCAUUAUCAUCCAAAGCCACAUUGCUAACAGGGCAUUGUUUUGUUGUUGUUUUUUCUUGUUUGUUUUUGUGCAUUGCAACAUUUUAGUCGGUUUAUAUCGUUAAGCCCAUUUUAAACAUCCUGGCAUUUGGGUUGCAAAAUUUGGCAUGUGGCCCUCAUGUGAGUAGGAAAACCUAUUUCAAGUUUUAAUUGUUUUAGUGAGAACUCAUUUAUCUCUACAAAUGCGCAUCCACAAUGUGUCACACCUCCCUGUGGUCGCAGUCUAACUCCUGAGCCCACAAUCAUUUAACUUUCUCAAGAAGAAAAAAAUAAUAGGAUGUGAAAGCCAUGCCUGCCUGUUCAAAUUGCUUUAUACAUACGUCUUAUAUACCUAUAAAUAUAUAUAAAUAUAUAAAAAUGUAGAUAUCUGUCAUUACAUAUACAAAUACAGAAGAGAACAAAAAAUAGAUAAUUUUACAGGGUGCUGGAGAUGAAGAAAUUUUAAUCUAUUUUUGCCAAUUUUAGCUUUUGAUACUUAACUUGCAGUUAGAAAAUCUAAAAAAAAAAAAAAAAAAAAA